AAACUUUCGAGCUUUUCCCGUUUUCCAUUUUUGGCUUUUAUAAAGGGAAAAUGAAUGCGUCCUCAAAAGCCCUUCAACUACGUCAAUCCCCUUCACCACCUCUCCUCUUUACGCGCUCCGAUUUUUGCAGAGGUGUGCGCUUCGUCCCAAGAAGGGUUUUCUUGAACCGGAGCUGUGACUGUAAGUGCGAGCUCAGAAAGGAGGGCGGAGAGGACGACGUCGUUUUGGCCGCUCCUUCUUCAAAAAUGGGUUUUCCGUGGCGCCCGUUUCUGAUCGCGGCCGUAGCUUGUGCGUUCUUUCUGGGCAAUGCUCCGGAAAAAGCCCUAGCGUCAAAUUCCCCAUCGGCCUUCGUGGAAAGUGUUAUUUACUCCAACAAAAUUGCCAUCUUCUCCAAAUCGUACUGCCCAUACUCAUUGCGUGCCAAGCGUAUAUUCAGUGAACUUGAGGAGCAGCCUUAUGUUGUGGAGCUUGACCUUCGAGAUGAUGGGUACAAAAUCCAGGAAGUUCUUCUGGACAUGGUGGGUCGGCGUACGGUCCCACAAGUAUUCGUGAAUGGCAAGCAUAUUGGUGGUUCUGUUGAUCUGCAAGCCUCGGUCCAAAAUGGUCAACUGAAAAGCCUUCUUAGUAAAGCUUGAUUGAAUUGGUAAUACUCAAAGAUCUUAGUAGUUAGUACCUUACAGAAGCUAGUUUCUGCAAUGAGGUCAAAGUUUGUAACCCCAUGAAACUCCAAAUUCACUGGGAUUGUUAUGAUUGAUUUACAUAAUCGUCAUAUUUGAAAUAGGUUCUGUUGACCAUAUGGUUUGGUUUUGGUUGCUUCUGUAGCUAUGCAAGUUAAACAUGAAAGAAGUGGAAAUCAGCGCGAAUUGGAUGCUAAUGUGAUCUUUUACAUUCAAUUUUUUUCGCCGCGCAAGUUAAGUUGUGUUUAGAGCAUUUAUAUUUAGUGACCUCUAAUGCUUUCCUUGAAGCGGUAUUCCAUAAGCAUGUAUUGUUCGCAUACUGAUUGGGAACUGAGUUUAUUUUUCCAUCUUUUUUGCAAUCAACCUUUUGAACUUAUCAACAUUCAUUCACUGUCAAGUGUUAGAAAAAUUCUGUUACCUUUAACAUGAAAUGAGAUAUUCUCUCUUUGUGGA